AAGAGGCCGGGGCGGCUGGGUGAGGCUUUGAGACCGUUCGGCCCAGAGUCCGUAGCCAGGCGCAGCUCGAGCCCCAGAACCCGGGAGGGACUACCACAAACGGAAGGACUUGGAGUUCCGGAGCAAUCGCCGCUGCCGCCGCUUCUGCCGCCGCAGAAGCUGCUGUCCCCGCCGCCGUUGGACGCGGCCCUGAAAGGCCUCUAGGCCUAGGCGCGGCCUGCGGAGCCCGACGUGUUGCUGCCGUGAGUAAAAGGAGCGCCCUCUCCACAGUCGUUUACAAAUUAAAAUGGAGGAAAUUUCAUUGGCCAACCUGGAUACUAACAAGCUAGAGGCCAUCGCUCAGGAGAUAUACGUAGACCUGAUAGAGGAUUCCUGUUUGGGGUUCUGCUUUGAGGUGCACCGGGCAGUCAAGUGUGGCUACUUCUACCUGGAGUUCGCAGAGACUGGUAGCGUGAAGGAUUUUGGCAUACAGCCAGUGGAAGACAAAGGAACUUGCCGCCUCCCGCUUUGCUCCCUUCCUGGAGAACCUGGGAAUGGGCCUGAUCAACAGCUGCAGCGCUCACCUCCGGAAUUUCAGUAGCUGCAAGAUGAGAGAGUCUGAGAGUGACCAGGACAAUAACACAGACUGGUCCUGUGGCUUGGAGGAGUAAGCUAAAUAGAAAAGAAAUCAAACAAAAGUCCCAGUUCCCCUUGAAGAUCCUAGCAUUUAAAAACCCAAAGUGAAGAAUUUAGGAAUUUGGAUCCUUUUUUGAGUGUAUUACCUGGGGACAGCUCUGAACCCUCUGGGCAGGAGGAGCCUCACAGCCUGGGCACCAUGCAAUGGGGUGUUGAUCUCUAAACACACCAGGAUGUGCACAAGAUCCCUGUAUUGCCCCCAAUACACAGGUGAGCAGUUGUGUGCCCAGCUUAUGAAGCCCUUUGGUUCCUCUGCCUUUCUGUUUGCCUGGUGUCAAGGGCUUCCUGGACAGCCUGGACAUUAUUGAUGGUCGGGCCGUAAUCAGUGGGUUCCCCUUAUCUCUGAGCUUCUGAUUUGUGUUUCUCUGAGACAAAUGAAAGUCAGGUAUGAAAUUUGGAUACUAACAAUUUCAGUUUGGGAAAACCAAGAAAAAGAAUUCACAGUCGAAUUUGGUAGGGAAUUUCUAUUACCUUGGCUCCAACAAGAAGAGAAGUUCAAAACCACCUGUUUCAGAGGUCCAGCAUUUACAGUGAUUUCAACGGACUUGGGUACAAGGCCUAGCCUUCGGCUGGACAGAGCCCUUUUUCUUGCCUUCCCACCUGAUGGCAUAGGCUUGGCAAAUGGACAACAGGGUUGUCCAGACAGGCUGAGGAUUCAUAUGAUCCCCUCGGGAGUUGGCAGAGACCUCUGCAACUGUGCACUAUCUCUCAAACUGCAAGAUGCAUAUUUGGAUGUAUUAUGCCAUGGACAUGUGUUUGGUGAGGCAGUCUACUCUGAGUUACUAGUUACCUAGCCAGUUCAUGGGUCUGACUUGGUCAUUAUACUAAGUCACUACCUGCCUCCCACCCCAGGGGCAGGGCUGAGCUAUAGAAGAGCAUUAUGACUGCAGGAGGCUGUGGUUUGACAACUGAGCCCACAGGGAACCUCUCUCCCAGCUGCCCUUAAUAAUGUGAAUGGGUUAGUGCUAGGAGCCAAGGAGCAGGACUGGGUAGUCUCUCGUUCGACUGUGUGCAGAAUCCUGUUGAAUGCCUCUGUUCCUUUGGUUGGGCAGUCAGAGCUCUGUUAUGGUGAACAUCCAGACUGUCAACCACCGUCUCUGCUCCUCACAAGGGGCAGUCCUUUCCACACAGUCCCCCUUGAAUUUUCUUGACAACCAGAGCUGUCCUUUUGUUGCUGGAAGUCAGGGAAGGACCUCCAGAAUCCCCUGGCUUCAGGGAAUGGGAUAAGAAAAGAUGUGGGAAGUGAGAGCUGCAUAUCAAAAAUAUCCUCUUACUCCCUGAGUGAGGGUAUAGAGGAAUGAGAGCCCUGAGGUGAGCGGGAACGGUGCUGCUUUAUUUGAAAUGUUUUCUUACCUCAUUUUGUGCCCCAGUAAGGGGCCCAGCCUCAUCUUUCUGGCUUGGCCCCAUUUUUCUCCUGUCCCCUGCUCCACUGCCAAUCUGGUGCAGCUCAUAAUCCCAGGUGCUGCUUGCCACUGCAGCUUUCACAUUGACCAGUUUCAAUUCAUCUCUCUUAAUGCUCCUGCUUUUGAAGCCUGUACAAUUUCCUUUUCCUUGUCCUUCUUUACGUUUUCAGGUUGGUUUUUUGUUUUUUUCGUUUUUUUUCUCCUCUGUUUUUGUGGAAGACUCAGAGGAGAAUGUUUCUUCUGGCGCUCUCUGUUGGAAUUGGAAACAGGACGAGAACUUAAUUUUUGUAUUUAAAAGGUAGUGUCAUGCCUAAGCAUUUCUCCUCUAUAGGACUGCCUUGCUAGUAUCCUCUCCUGCUGUGUGUUCAUGAGUAGUUAUAUCUUCCCACCUCCACUUGGAUACUGCCUUUGAGGACCUAAGCAGAAGGCUGACGUAAACAGGGAUGGAGUUGGUUCUUACCUACUUUCUCUAAUCCUUGCUGUGCACGUAUCCUUUUUUACCCGAGAAGAAACUAUUUGGAGUAUACGGACUAGCAGGUUAAGGGAAUCAUAGAGCUUGGGGCCUUGAGACUAUCUUAUUAUUGCCUUCUCCCCCUAGAGUUGUCUUGGGUUGGGACCUAGUUUCAGACAGGUCUUCAAUUCAAGAAUUGUGAUAACCUUUUAAAAAUCAAAACUUGGCAGGAGCUAACAUAAAUUUAGGUUAUUGUUGCCCUUGGCUUUUUGUAGACAAAGCUAAGAGAAUGCAGAGGGAAAGGAGGGGUCUAAGUGAGACUGGUCUACUUCCAACAAUGUCUUGAAAGCAGGAUGAAAGUAAGGAAGAAAGGCCAUGGUCCACUUUUCCUUCAGAUAGGGAACUCAGAUUGUAACAUUACUGUUUCCUUUCUGUCCUUUUCUCCUAUUGAUUAGAAGAGGAAGAAAUGGGAGUAAUUUUGAAUGUUUUUUUCACAUUAUCUCCUUCUUAGUUAUUUUUGUGGCCUCCCACCUCCCCACCCCCACCAUUAGGGCAAUAGCCUCCUGCCCUGGAUGGGUAUAAGUUGGGCUCGGUCCAACAGGUGCCCUGAAAGAACAAACCUUUUUGGGGAGAGAAAAUGCUCCCUACCAUAUAGUUGAAAAUGGUUAGGAAUUAUCCCUUUCCCUACCUACCUUCCCUCUAACAGCAGAAUUCCUAUCCUGCCCUCCUCGAUUAAGUGUGUUGAACACCCUGUUAUCUUAUUAUGUAUCUUAGUGUGUGUGUGUAUGGGGGAAAGGGGUUCUUUAAAAUUUCUGUGGUUUGUGGCUUUUUCUUACAUACAUUAGUACCCACCACCGCAUGCCCAGGGCCACUGCCUGGCAUUAUCGCAUGCUGGAAUCAUUGGGGGAGGGUAGUGAUGCUCACCACUGUUUUUUGUUUUGGAGAUUCUUAUUUUUGCAUAAGUAGUUCAUCCUAUACAGAUAGCUGACUAAGUGUGUAUUUCCCUUGCCCCUAAGGCUGCCUGUGUGAAUAAACUGCAUCUCCCCAUUGGUAAACAGUAAUAAACAAAAUUUGCAAAAAUGA